AUGGAGAACGGAUCGCCGAGAUGGGGUUUUCGAGGGAACGACGAGUUGAACAUGGCCUCGGAGAUCACAAUCAGAGGUAUGCUCAACUUGUUGAUGAGAAAUCUCAACGAAGCAGACCACAGAACCACCAUUCCUCUCGGCCACGGCGACCCCUCGGUGUUUCCGUGCUUCCGAACCACUUCCGUAGCCGAAGACGCUAUCGCCGACGCCGUCCGGUCGGGGAAGUUCAACGGUUAUUCUUCUACUGUCGGUAUUCUUCCGGCGAGGAGAGGCCCCGGAGGCUUGCCCUUUCCUCUUUUCUGCAAUAUCACUUAUAUGAGUAGACUGGAGCUGACGCAGCAGAACAAAGGAACACAAAUAACGUUAUGA